AUGCUAAUUUUAAAAUGUCUCUAAAUUCCUGAACUUCACACGUGGGAAGUCCAGUGACCUGGGGUAGCUCUUGGGAAUUAGUAAUCCGAUACAGAAUCUUUCCCCUUUGUGUCACCUGUUACAAUUUGGCUUCCCUUUGCUGGGACUGAAAAUCAUUACCAGCUGACAGCUCUGUGAAGCCUGAUGUCUGCAACCAAAGCGACGUGUAGAAUGUUGCUGACGCCAGGCAGGAAGAGGAAAUGCCUAUUUUGAUUAAUUGAAUAGCCGUGGAGUGGAAAAAGAUCUAUUUGCGAACACAGCAGACUGACUAGUACUUAGAAUGAAAAGAGAGUGGAUCCAGACGAAACCAGGAUCUCCCGGAUCACACCAUUCACACGGCAGCAGAUUUUGGAAACCACAUUGACUUUUUUGGCUGCACUCAAGUGAUAUCAACUAAGAGGACCCUAUCAGGCUUGAAGUGCAUUGCCACAGUGAAGCUACUUCCGCUUCUAUUGAAAACACCAUCUCACGAUGAAACUCAAACCCAAUUGUCACUAUGGAAACCACAGUAAAGAUAGGGAUACAGUUUCAAAACGAAAACUCUGCCUGGAACUGGGAGACAGGUUGGCUGCUCGUGUUUUCCUCAGUGAUAUCCUGGUCUGUGGGGUCAACGCUUCACUUGGUCAUAAAGGGGGGGCUUGUGUCCCCUGGACACUUUCUGCCUUCGCUGUCAGCCCUUGACUGUUUCUGAGCCCCUUCCCUAGGCCGGUAUCCAUCCGAGCCACUUGUCUCCAGCAAGUUUGAAGGUCGUGAGGUGGAUCUCCACAUUCUUGUGAAUAACUGAGCAGGGAACUUGAUUUAAAUCUGUGCAUCGCCAAGGGCAAGGGGCCGAGAACAUGGAUAGAGAGAAGUUUCGGCAGAAGGCUCUGAAGCAAACUAAGCAGAAGAAAUCCAAGUCGGCUGAAUUUCUGAUGGUUAAAGAAGAUAGAGAGGCUACGGAAGGCAUUGGGAACCCAGCUUUUAACGUGAGCAGCCCGGAUCUCUUAACACAUCAGACUUCAGACAGGAAAGUUAUUAGACGUGACACGCUGGAUCGUACCCUUGCAGCUCACCAACAAAAAUUCAGGCUGCUGGCCUCUGCUGAACCAAAAGGAAAUGAAUACAGCAGAAAUUACUUUGACCCACUGAUGGAUGAGGAAAUAAACCCAAGGCAGUGUGGGAUGGAGGUCAGCAGAGAGGCACCCCUGCAAGUUGAUACUAGAAUUCUCAAUGAUCGAUUAAUGAAGCUGUUUGAGGAGAGAGGACAAGGAGAAGCCCAAGAUGGGAGCUGCCAGGAGGAGAUUUUGGAUUCUGAAGAGACAGUGAAUUCCAGAAAGAGACCGGAAUCCCACAAAGAGGGCAGCAAGGCAUCUGAAGGAUAUGUUCAGAAAAAUACAAUUCUGCGUGGAAGUUCUUCUUUGGAACAGGACCUGAAAUGUGGAGGGGAAGGACUCAGUCAGUACAUUCCUAUGUCAUGUUUAAACACUGACAAAACAUUUGACAAAGUGCCAAGUCAACCAUUAAUUGCACAUCGAGAUGUCUGGAAAGAAAACAGGCCAGCCAAGCUCUGUACUCUCACAGACGUAACUCACGAAUCAAAGGCAGCAGCAGCAGGACCUUGCUGGAAGGUUGAGCGCGGCCAGGCACCUCAGCAUCUUCAAGUACGGAUGAAAUGUGCAAGAGGCCUCAAGAACAAGGCUCCCCGAGGCUCCUACCGCCUCAGGGUGUCCUUGCUUGGUCGACCAGGUGGCUGUGUCUUCCAGUGGCAGCAAACGGAGCAGCUGAAGACCAGAACACACCCAGUGAGGCAUGAUGGAAAUUUUUAUGAUCUGGGGCUCUAUUUCCACGAAAGCCUUUAUGUGGACUCGUUUGGGGUACGUGAAGACUACAAAGCUGAGUGGCAGGCAAGUAAAACGAUGAUGGUGACAACUGAUAGAAAUAGUUAUAUUAUAGAAGCAGCAGCUCAAGCAAAAAGAACCGGAAGUUCAGCACUCCCUCCCAAGAAAGAUGUGAAACCUGGCAUGGCGUUCUUGUUUGAACUCUGUCUCCUUCGUGGGAAAUAUGCUUCUUUUGACUGGGUUGUGGGCUGGGCAGCCUUCCCUGUGUGUGAUAACAACUUCGAUGUAGUGGACGGGAAAUUCAAGUGUCCCCUUCUCCGAGGUCAUUAUGACCAGAAAUUCGACAGCUUCAGGAAAAUGGAAGAUUUGAUGUGCCGGGAUUUGGACCACUGGCUGUGCAAUCUCUACUUUCAGGUUAUUAAACUUCCUCUGUGCUUGGAUGAUCAAACAACCUAUGAAAGGCAGACUCAGCUUCCUCCCGAAUUUCCAGUUUCUUUAAUGGCUGGAGCAGAGACAGCAGAAUCAGGCGUGGAGAAUACGGCUGGCCUUUCAGAGAAACAAACAGAAGAAAACAUUUGUUCAUCCCUGGAUGGAAGCAUUCGGCAACGCCCGGAGACAUUUUUGGUUGCAGCAAGUGGGGGAGGGGUGGAGGAGUGGAAGGUACUGCCGGCAGCCCGUGGGGUAGAGGCCAGAAAUGCUGCUAAACAGUUUAGAAAACACGGGGCAGCCCCCAUAACGAAGAAUGAUCCAAUCCAAAAUGUCAACAGAAGCAUUUCUAAUAAAUUUGGUCCCUGCCCUACGGACUGUGAUCUCAAUCUCUUAAAAGAAGACCGUGAAUUACACAAGAAGACUCUGUCUUUUGAUGAAACAAUCCCCUCGCUCUUCAUCUGGCCAGAUGGGAGUGCUCCCUGGAGUCGCGCACAAAGACCCCGUAAAGAGUUUGGGGGAGAAAAAGCUGCCGCUAAGUGGAGCUUAAUUGUGCUAGAACCGAGGGUGAUAGGACAGCUGUGGCUCUUUAUAGUCCUGGGCAGUUGUCUCCAUACUCAAAAUGAAAUAAAGCCCUGCGUCUGGAAGAUUCCAAUCCAGUUUGCAUUUUUGUCAAUAGUUGUGUCUGCCUUUUUCCUGUGUGUGCCUGAGGCUGAGAAGACCCGUAUCCACAGGUGGUUCCCAGCAGUCUACUACGCGCUGUAUGCUACCUUCUUCCUCUCAGAAGACUUUUCAGCUGCUGUACUUUCUUUAUGUCUUGGAACAACGGAUCGAGAGAGGGUUGUGGAUGUAAUUCUCCGUCGGUACACCCUUGGAUUUCAGCUGUUCCUCGUUUGUAUAGUUGAAAAGCAUCCUCAGUACAGACUCUGCACGGAGUUCUGGGUUAGACGAUGGUCUACAUCUUCAUGGCAAAAUACAGACCCGAACAACAAAGGAACGGUCGAUGUCAAAUUCAGUGCCUCCUUAGUCCGGUGUUCCUCGGUUGCUGAUGGUUCUGGAUCUAGAGAAUUCUUCAAGCACCUUCAUUUCGGGAUGGUGUCGGCGUUCUCGGAACUUCAAUUCGCUGAGUGGCGAAGCCAGGGCUUCUGGUACAUCAUCCUACUGAUGGCAUCUCUCUGGUUCCUGAGGCUCUACCUCCAUUACCUUAGUCAGUGGCUUUUCCUCCAGGCCAUUUCAAUUCCUGUUGCAAAAUUCCAGUUUUCCCCUUUCACGGUUGAGCUUUGCUACCCAUCUUCCUCACUUGCCAUCAAAGAAGAGUUGCUCGUAGUUGUGGUGGGUCCUUUAAUGCUGAAUGCAAUGAUACUUCCUUUGGUUCUGAUCAGAUGGGGCUGUCAGCUACUGUUUGCCUCCUGCCCUGAUGUCUUGUCAAAAUUAAUCAUUACCAUGGGACUAUGGACAGUUCUAGACCCAUUGGCCGUGUUUAUAGUGGAUACUGUCCUCGGGCGGCUUACACAGAAUGGGGAGACUCCCGUAGCUGACGCAGCAAAGCUGUAUUGGGUGUUUGUAAGAACCAUGCAGUCGGGAAUUCUCGGUGUCAUGCUCACAGUGCUAAUUUACAUCCUCCUGUUCAUCAUUUCUUCUUUGAUUUUGUAUUUGUACUGUCUCAGAAGCUUUCGAGUUGGAAAUAGUCCCACUUACUCAAUUUUGCCUUAUUUGCCUGUAUUUUCAAAAGCUAUUUUCAUAUCCGUGUAA